UCCCAUACAUGCAAUCAUAUACUCAAAACAGGACCCAGGUAACAGAAUUUGUCAUGGUGGGCUUCAGUGGUGUACUUGAGGCACACCUCCUCUUCUUCACACUCUUCCUCACCAUGUACUUGCUCACCUUGGUGGAGAACUUGGCCAUUAUCUUGGUGGUGUGUUUGGACCAUCAGCUACAGAGGCCCAUGUACUUCUUCUUGACACAUUUAUCUUGCCUUGAAAUCUGGUACACUUCCGUCACAGUGCCCAAGAUGUUGGCCGGUUUUAUUGGGGUGGAUGGAGGCAAGAACAUCUCCUAUGCUGGCUGCCUGUCCCAACUUUUCCUCUUUACCUUCCUUGGGGCAACUGAGUGUUUCCUGCUGGCUGCUAUGGCCUAUGACCGCUAUGUGGCUAUUUGUAUGCCUCUCCGUUAUGGGGCUUUGGUGUCCUGGGGCACCUGCGUCCGCCUAGCAGCUGCUUGUUGGCUGAUGGGUUUCCUCACACCUGUGUUGCCCAUCUACCUCACAUCCCAGCUGACAUUUUGUGGUCCUAAUGUCAUCGACCACUUCUUCUGUGAUGCUGCUCCCUUGCUAGCCUUGUCUUGCUCAGAUGUCACCUUGAAUGAGACUGCAGACAUUCUUGUCUCUCUAGUUGUGCUCCUGGCCUCCUCCACAGUUAUUGCCGUGUCCUACGGCAACAUCGUCUGGAUGUUGCUGCACAUGCGCUCAGCUACUGAGCGCCGGAAGGCCUUCUCCACUUGUGCAGCUCAUCUGACUGUGGUGAGCCUCUUCUAUGGCACUCUCUUCUUUAUGUAUGUCCGCACCAAGGUGGCCUCCUCCAUCAGCUUCAACAAGGUGGUCUCCGUCUUCUACUCCAUUGUCACGCCAAUGCUCAACCCUCUCAUCUACAGUCUUCGGAACAAGGAAGUGAAGGGAGCUCUGGGCCGAGCCUUUUCCCUCAAGUCUUGGAAGGGGGAGUGAGGAGGCAAGUGGGGGAUGA